GAUUCAAAUGCACAUGGUCGCAGUUUCAGCACGCGUACGGCUCAGAACGGCACGAUGAGUAAAUUAAAGAGCAAAAAGAGAAAUAUAGAGGAGAACGAAGACGAAAAGCUGCCCAUCUUUGACAAGGACAGCAGUAAAGAUGCUCAUCUAGAUGACAAUGAUGAAGAUGAGGCUGAUCUGUCGGAUAGUGAGGAGAGCGUCUUCUCUGGACUUGAAGAAUCGGGUAGUGACAGUGACGAAGAUGAUGAGGAGGAUGAAGAAGAGGAGGAUGGAUCUGAAGAAGAGAACUCUGAUGUAGAAAACAAGAAGAAAUUUAGUGGAGACGUUCAGCUGUCUGACAAGGAUGUCAGUAAACCUAAGGCCGAUGGCCAAAAUUCAAAGGGAAUGAAGAAGAAAAAUACCAAAUCUGCUUUACAGGGCGGAGGUAAAGAGAGCGUGGUGUCGGACAGAGACAGCGGCCUCAAGAUUCCCUUACAGGUGGACGAGUAUGAGCACGACACGUCAGAUGAGGAGGACAUCCGUAACACAGUGGGCAACAUUCCCAUGGAGUGGUACAAAGAUUAUCCCCACAUCGGAUACGACCUGGAUGGAAAGAAGAUCUUUAAGCCAAUCAGGAACAAAGAUGAGCUGGAUGAGUUUCUGGACAAGAUGGAGAAUCCUGAUUACUGGCGUACUGUCCAAGACAAGACAACUGGCACCGAUAUCCGCUUGUCCGACGAGCAGGUCGACCUUGUGCACCGCCUGCAGGAGGGCAAGUUCGGUGACGUCAACUUCAACGAAUACGAGCCUGCGUAUGACUUUUUCUCCAAUGAAGUGAUGAUUCACCCGGUCACUAACAGGCCUCAGGACAAACGAAGCUUUAUUCCGUCACUCAUCGAGAAAGAAAAGGUCGGGAAGUUAGUCCAUGCUAUUAAAAUGGGUUGGAUCAAACCACGCAGGCCCAAGGAGACCACCCCGAUAUAUUACGAUCUCUGGGCCAAGGAGGAUCCAAACAGCAUCCUGGGACGCCACAAAAUGCACGUCCCCGCACCUAAAAUGAGACUUCCUGGACACGAAGAGUCAUACAACCCCCCUCCAGAGUACCUGCUGUCAGAGGAAGAGAGGCUGGCAUGGGAGCAACAGGAUCCAGAGGACAGGAAGUUGAGUUUCCUGCCGCAGAAGUUCGCCUGCCUGAGAGCCGUUCCCGCGUACUCGCGCUUCAUUCACGAACGGUUCGAGCGCUGUCUUGACCUGUACCUGUGCCCUCGCCAGCGGAAGAUGAGGGUGAAUGUCAGUCCCGAAGACCUGAUUCCCAAACUGCCCAAACCAAAAGACCUGCAGCCAUUCCCAACCACACAGUCUCUGGUUUAUCGUGGACACACCAGUUUGGUUCGAAGCAUCAGUGUUUCUCCGAGUGGACAGUGGCUCGUAUCCGGCUCUGAUGACUGCAUGGUGCGUUUCUGGGAGGUCAACACAGCGCGCUGUCUGAAGACUGUGGAGGUGGGCGGAGCCGUAAAGGCCGUGGCCUGGAAUCCCAAUCCUUCCGUCUGUCUGGUUGCAGUCAGCUAUGAUGACACUGUACUCCUCAUGAACCCUGGUUUGGGUGACCGGCUGGUGUUUAAUGCUACGGAUCAGCUGAUCUCAUCCUUUGAGGAUCCAGAGGAAGUGAAAGACCAGCAUGUGCAGUGGACCGUCUCAGAGGGCGAAGGUCACGAGCAGGGUCACCGCCUCACCCUCAAACACCCUAAGACUGUAAGACAGGUAACGUGGCACGUGAAGGGAGAUUACCUGGCGUGCGUGAUGCCCGACAACAGCAGCAAUCUACAGGUUGUGAUUCAUCAGGUGAGCAAACGGCGGACGCAGAACCCCUUCCGCAAGAGCAAAGGCCUGGUGCAGUGCGUAUCCUUCCACCCGGUCAGGCCCUAUUUCUUUGUGGCGACGCAACGCUACGUACGCGUGUACAACCUCAUCAAACAGGAGCUCACCAAGAAACUGCUGGCCAACUGCAAGUGGAUCUCCAGCAUGGCCAUUCACCCGGGAGGUGAUAAUGUGAUCUGCGGCAGCUACGACUGUCGUCUGGCCUGGUUCGAUCUGGACCUGUCUACAAAGCCUUACAAAGUUCUCCGACACCACAAGAAGGCUUUGAGAGGCGUGGCUUACCACAGACACUACCCGCUGUUUGCGUCCGGUUCUGAUGAUGGCAGUGUUAUCGUCUGUCACGGGAUGGUCUACAAUGAUCUGCUUCAGAAUCCUCUGAUUGUUCCUGUGAAAGUUCUGAAGGGUCACACCAUCACUCAUGACCUGGGCGUCCUCGACGUGACCUUUCACCCCACUCAACCCUGGGUGUUCUCUUCCGGGGCAGACGGAACUGUCCGUCUCUUUACCUAGAAACGGCGUCCGUGGCUCGCAAAAACCUCUCUCCGCCAGGAGCCUCAACCUUGACUUUCUAAACCAGAAAUCACACACCAGUUAAAACUGAAUGAGCUUUUAGACUCCAGAACGUUUCAAGAUGAAUCCAUCACUCUGCUCCCUGAAGACAUCAAGAUGUUGCUGGCAGAAAUCAAGUGCCUGAUCUGAUAUUGAACAUGUCAUUAUAAUAUGUGUUAGUGCUAUGUUUUGCUUUUUUAUGUUUCGAGAAAAUAUAUCCAGCCGUGUCUAGAUUCCCACAGGACUGUUGUCCGGUGUAACUGACACUGUAAAAAGAGACAGGUUUGGUUUCAAAACCCAAAACUGUGAGCGCUCAGGAAGGCCCGUUUCCGUAUAUCGGGCUGUUGGUGCCCCACAGCAAAUCAAAUCCAACCGCUAAUCCUUGGAAACAGAAUUUGAAAUAAAACAAAAAUGUCAGACGAUGUGGGCCAUGCCAAAGCAAAUAACGCAUGAAACAAUCUGUUCUUGCAGACGUUUGGCCGACAAUCACAUCUCCAGGAGUUUAUUAAAGCGAUAGUUCACCCAAACAUAAAACCGAUGUCAUUAUUUACCCACCCUCAUGAUGUUCCAAACCAGUAUGCUUUGAUUUUUUUUUUCUGUGGAACUCAAAAGGAGAAUCUUCUUGCAUUAUCCCAAUAUAAAGUCACAUCUUUCAAGACCAAAAAUGACGUUCAAACGCCAACACGAAAAGUAGUAGUCCAUACGACUGGUGCGCUAUAUUCCAAAGCUUCAGAAGCCAUACUAUAGCUAUGUGUGAGUCGUUAUUUACUAAUCCACAUUCCCCAAAACUCUCAUUUAGUCUGCAGUUCAUGACCACAAUUUGAAUUACGUCUUACAUUUGGGAUCUUGACAGACGUGGUCACUGUGACCAUGCAAAGAAAAGCUGAACUAUCCCACUAAGUUUUUAAUCCUAAAACAGAACGUCCGCCACCCACCAGUGCUAACGACGCACCAGUUUGCGCUCGCUUUCUUUUCUUUUCUACUUGUUGACUUGUGAAACCUUUACACUUGUAUUUCAGAGAGCAGUUCCUUUCUAAUUAAACACGGUGUUCCUUGAAGAGCGUUUGGAGUUUGUUUUUUCCUUCACUUCUGGUUUUUCGCCAGCGAGGGUCAGAACGGGUGAAUUAUAUGCAGCAAGGGGUUGGGGAAUAGGUUUCGUUUCCUCCGCCGGGAGGCCCAGACGUGUCUGAUCGGACAGCUAUGUGUGUUAUAGAUCAUAUUUCGCAAAGGCCGUCCACCUGCGGGUCCCUCUCUCGGCUCGAGGCGCCGGGCUCAAGGCUGUGGGCCUUGUAGGCCAUUGUUAAAUAAUGGCUACUUGCUAAAUAUAUAACUUAAUGGAUAUUAAAUUUAAAUUAGUUUAAAUUUAAAUUAUGUGCGAAGCGCAAAGUGAUACAAGAGAAUUCUGAUUGAAUGAGCCGUAUUUUAACGUGUCGUAAAAUAGUCGUUAUGACCGCGCAUCAGUUUAAUUCAAUAACAUGACGAGUUGUGACGUCAUGUAUUAUUCUGUGGUUAUGGUUUAGUAUACAAAUGCCGUAGUUGAACUAGUGUUUUACUUUAGUAAUAUUGUUGACUUCAGUAACCAGUUUGUGGUGGAUAUCAUCUGUCUAUAGUAAUAUUGUAGUAUAGUUUGAAAUCAGUCAUUCAAUCCAUUUCAUUGGUAAAUAUCUUUGUCAUUUACAUUUACAUGUAUGCAUUUGGCAGACGCUUUUAUCCAAAGUGACUUACAGUGCACUUAUUACAGGGACAAUCCCCCCGGAGCAACCUGGAGUUAAGUGCCUUGCUCAAGGACACAAUGAUGGUGGCUGUGGGGUUUGAACCAGCAACCUUCUGAUUAACAGUUAUGUGCUUUAGCCCACUACGCCACCACCACUCACUGUAAUGUGUAGAGUGACAUUAUGUACAGUCUCAAACCCUGCCAGGGAUUUAUUUUGCAAUAAUGACGAGCCGACUGUACGUUACACAGAUUUUGCAGCCCAAACAAUUAUAAACCAAACCAACAAAAUAGAAUAAUUAACCUGAAAUUAACUCAUUUAAAGGAAUAAUCCUGGUGUAAUACAAGUUAACCGUCCUAUUCUGAUCAAUGGUCUUAAUGUUGUAAAGUCUCACCCCUUCAUUUUUUAAUGCUGAUUUAUAUAUUGUAUUUGACAAUUAAAAAGAAUUGCUGUUUUUUUAGUCUUUCCCUUUCAUUUACUAUAGUCAGUCAAUUUUGACCUCGAACAGCAACGUUGUCUUAUUUGUAUUUUAUUUAAUGACCACUUAAACUUAUUGAAUCCUGUGUCUG